GACGCCGACGACGACGAUGACGCUCCCGAGGAGGCCCAGCCAGCGGCCCCGGCUCCACGUCGCGGCCGUGCUACUGCCGCAGCCGGCACCAAGACUGCCGCGAAGGGCGGUGAACCUCCUCGUGCCGCUGCUAAGAACCGCAACCCGCAUCCUGUUAAGCGGAGCGUGUGGCCCCCCCGCGAGAACACUAUCUUCGUGGCUGCACGUUGGUUCAUGAAGGACGAGCUCGGGCCCCUCCUCGGGAAACAGGGCUCCCAGUAUUGGGCCCGCCUCGUCCGCCACCUCGAGCAGGAGAAUCCCGGGUGGGUGCGCAGCGUGAACGCGCUUCAGAAGCAGUGGCGCAAUCUCGUGAACAUGUUCAAGCAGAUUAAAAAGGUGGAGAAGGCGUCGGGCAAGGGGUCGGUGUGCAAGCCCCACUGGUACCCGUACAUGGAGCUCUUCCAGAACACCAAGGCGGUGGGCAACCCUCACGCUGUCGAAGGUGGUGGUGCGGCACGGGGUACGCCGACAUCGAAGCGCCCACAGGUGGCAGAGACGGCAACGAUGGCCGCCGCCAAGCUGGUGUGCGAGACAAUCAAAGACUGCUACUCGGACGCGAUGAACAGGCUCAAAGGCCUCGUCUGCGCGUGGAUGGAGCAGGACGCGCGUAUUGCUCGCGAAGGCGUGCACCAGCCCGUGCCCUAA